AUGUCGGAAGCAGUAUCCAAAGAUGAAAAACUAAGGCAGCGCCAGGCACAGUUGGCGAAAUGGAAGGAGAGAAAGUCCCAAUCUCCAGGUGUAUCCAGCUCAGAAGCAUCAAACAACAAUGAGGUAAAAGAUGUGCUGGAGACAAUUUCACCUAGUCCAGAAGAGCAACGUCGUCAGGAAAGACUUCGAAAGCUCGAGGAAUGGAAGAAGAAGAAACUACAAUCGCAAGAGUCUAGUAAUACUGAGGAACAGACGAACCGCCAGAACAAACUACAAGAAUGGAAACGUAAACGAGAGAAAGGUGAAGUGGCGGUUGAAGAGCCUGUAAAGAAUAAACCUAAACCUUUUAGGGUUCUUAAUACAAUCCACAAGUCUUCUCCAUUAAAAAAAAGGAGGGUGUUCAGUGAUGAUGAGGCAGAGGAUGAUACGCAUGUCAAGAAGUUCAAAGCACCCACUCUAUCGAAACCUACUUCCAACGAGGAAAAGAAGGCUAAUACGGAAGAGGAUGCGCUUGAUGCUUUCUUAGAAAAUCUUGCCGAAGAUGCAAGUGAACCAGCGAAUGGUACAAAUGAAGCAGUUGCUCUGGAAGACAGUCUGGGUGAAGAAGAUGACGACGAGGAUCCUUUACGUGCUCUUCAGUUGAAGGCAAUGCAAACUGGUAAAGAAUUGGCAACUGUGGACCAUAGUCAGAUUGACUACAUGGAAUUCAAGAAAGACUUCUAUGUGGAAACGCUGGAAGUGAGUCUGCUCAGUGAAGAUGAGGUUCUGGAAAUUAGAACGAACAUGGAUGGCAUCAAAGUUAAGGGAAAGAACUGUCCUCGUCCAGUUUGGAAGUGGUCCCAGUUAGGCUUUUCCUCUGUGAUAAACACAGUUAUAGAGAACAAACUACAGUUCAAAGCUCCCACCGGAGUGCAAUGUCAAGCUUUACCUGUCAUACUUUCUGGUAGGGAUAUGCUAGCUAUAGCGAAGACAGGCUCAGGAAAGACCCUCGCAUUUGUGCUACCACUCCUUCGACAUGUCCAAGAUCAACCGCCCUUGCAGGAAGGAGACGGUCCUAUUGCCAUUCUCAUGUCGCCGACUAGAGAGCUUGCUCAGCAAAUCUAUCGUCAGCUUACCAUAUUUACCAAGAAGCUAGGGUUAACAGCAGCUUGUUGUUAUGGUGGGUCUUCCAUUGAACCACAGAUUGCAGAGCUCAAAAAAGGCGUACAGAUCGUUGUUUCUACUCCUGGUCGUUUGAUUGAUUUGCUAGCCACGAACAAUGGUCGUGUUUGCAAUCUAAGACGAGUCACAUUCGUCGUGCUUGAUGAAGCGGAUAGAAUGUUCGAUUUUGGCUUUGAACCCCAAAUAAAAAAGAUCUUCUCCCAGGUUCGGCCAGACAAGCAAUGCGUGUUGUUUUCUGCCACUUUCGCUAGGAAGAUGGAAUCGUUGGCUAGAGAUACGCUUCACAAUCCGAUUGAGAUUGUCGUCGGUGGAAUCAGUGUGGUUGCAUCAGAAAUCAAGCAGCAUGUCGAAUUAUUCGAAAGCGAUGAUAAUGCCACUGCAGCUGAUAUAUUCGAAAAUAAGUUCACCAGGUUGCAAGAACUUCUAAAAAGUUAUUCUCUGGUGAAAAAGCUUGUGUUCGUCGAAAAACAAGACUCAGCAGAUCAGCUUCUUGUGAAAUUAUUAGCCAAAGGUCUACAAAGCUCAACAAUUCAUGGUGGCAAAGAGCAGAUUGAUAGGAAAUAUGCCAUCAAGGAGUUUUCGGAAAAAGAUAGUGGAGUUGAUACUUUGAUUGCAACAUCGGUGGCUGCAAGAGGAUUGGAUGUCAAAGGUCUUGAUUUGGUCAUUAAUUUCGACCCUCCCAGUCAUAUGGAAGAUUACGUACACCGUGUUGGUAGAACAGGGAGAGCAGGUCAAGAAGGAGACGCUUACACCUUUGUAACAUCGUCUCAAGAACGUCCCAUAGCUGAUUUGGUGAAAGCAUUGAGGCUAAGCAAGUAUCCUGAAGAAGAGAUCGACGCAAGACUCAUCGAAAUUUCAGAUAAAUUCCUCCUGAAAGUCAAGGAUGGGAAAGAAAAAUUCCACUUUGGUUUUGGCGGCAAAGGACUUAGCAAGCUUGAUGAGAAACGAGACACCAAUAUGAAGAUGGAAAGAAGUAUCUAUGCCAUGGACAAUGCAGAUCAAGAUAAGUCCCGCGAUAGUCCUAUUUCCGUUGCCACUGAAAGACCAGCAUUACUGGAUAACGCAAAGUCCGUCAAUGGGGUUGACUUGCCUGAGUUUGAUGUCGUUGAGGGAAGAGCGAGCGAGUCUACUGGUCCUGAUAGGUGCAAGUUCCAUUCUAGAGUUGUUAUCAACGACCUUCCACAAUCUGCCAGAUGGCAUGUUGUCAAUGCCGAUAAUUUAUCUGAAGUGACAGAGCAUACUUCUACAUCCAUCACGAACAAGGGUCAGUUUUAUCCUCCUGGAAGCAAGGUGCCCACUACAAUCAAGGCCGGUGGAAAAGAAGUUCCCGCGCCGCCCAAGCUAUACUUGCUUGUUGAAGGAUUAACAGAGAACGCAGUAAGAGAUGCCAACAAAUUGCUUCGUCAAAAAAUCAUCGAAGGCUUGGAAUCGGCCUCAAAAGACGAUUCUUCAACUCCCUCGGGACGUUAUGUCGUUUAA